AUGAAUAAGAACUAUUUAGACAGUGAUAACAACAAAACACGGUAAUACAAUACAAAUUUUAAUUCGUAACUAUUCCAAAUUACUAAGGUAUAAUAUACUAUACGAGUGUAUUUUUAAGGCAAACCGAUUACGAAGAAAACGAAUCACGAAAAACAUUUGAGUUGGUGGUUAUGAAAGAAAUGGAAUUGCUCACAUCAAGGGUAAAUAAAUUCGAAAAUAUUGCAAGUAAGUAAUUUAAACAGUUUUAGUAUCUAUUACAAAUACCAUAGGUGUAUAUUUAAUAUUAAUACAGUUAUAAAUUCGAAUAAAUAAUACCUAUAUACUAGGAUUUGAGUUUAUAUUCAAAUAUAUAUAUUUACUGAGGCAUGAUAAAUUAAUUUUAUAAAACUGCAGGUAAUUUAAUUUCUUGUGCUUUUUUAUAAAUAAAUUAGCAAUAUUUGAUUUUAUAGUAUAAGAUAUCGACAUAAUUAUAAACAUUAAUUCUUAUUUUGAUUUUUUUCACAUAUAAAUUCAAAUUAGGAUGAAUUUUGUAAAAAUUACGGUAUUUCGCAUACUGUUUUGCAAUUUAUGUGUAUAAAAUUUGUUUUUCUCAACAAAGAUGUUCGAAAAUUUGAGAUGAAAAAACAUAUAUAGCCUAUUACCUUGUAUUUUUUACCUUCCUGACUUCAUAUUAGUGGCAUACUUAUGGUGUGAAGUAAGUCCGUUUUUCUUUUACUAAAUAUGAAUAAUUUAUGGAGAUCAGAGAAUAUAUUGUUACAAAUUUACUACUAUAUAAAUUUAAAUUCUACUAAUUAUUACUAACCGUUAGGUAAUAACCACAAAAGUAAUAAUAAUAUUAUUUUAUUACAUACACACACAUUUAUAUAUGUUAUAAUAUUUUAUCUUAAUUAGAAAUUUUCAAAAAAAAAACUAUUAAAAUCAUGGUACAACUUAUUUGUUUAUUAUUUUACUAGAAAUCCUCUAUAUACCAAUGAUACUAUUUUUAAAAUCUGAGCGUAGCGAUGAAUCUAUUUGUUUUAAAUGAUGUUUAUUAUUAUUAUUAUUAUUUUUAACUCUUCGAGCAAGUUUUCCAUUAGAUAUCUUGUUCUUAUAUAUCAAGUGUAAAAUGAAGUUUUUUUUCUAUAUGUUUCAAAAUCAAAUUAUGAUGAAAAUUGAAAAUAUUACAGCCUCUCAAAACGUAUAUAUCCAAAUUUCGCUCCAAAUUAGUUUUUGUUAUUAAUGGUUUAUCGUUGGGUUGAGGUAUAUAUUAAAUAACUUUAUGUAUUCCAUCUUCUCUCCUACUUACCUACAACAGUAGCCGCACCCGCCAACCCACUUUUUUUUAUUUUGUACUAAUAUGAUUUCAUGGAUUAUUUUAUUUUGAUUACAGGAGUUCUGCAGCCAAUUAAUAGCGGUGUAGACCUAUCUGUAAUAAAAUUAUUUACCUAAAAGAUCUAAAAAAAUGUUUAUAAUAUCUUUAAUGGUUCUUUUUUUUUCAGAAUUCAUCUAAUUUUGACUCAGAAAGGUCUGAGAGGAGUAGAUCCCAGAAAAAAGUUCACGUAAAACCCUCUCCUUCGAACAUAUUUGGACCAAGUAAUAUUUUAUUGAAAUGUUAUUAAUAGCCUGUUCCCUUUGUUUCAUUGUCAUCACUUCGUACAUGUAGGGAUGGCCAUUAAUCUAUAAGUGGACGUAUCAACUAUGACUAUGUUCUAUAGUCAUUGGUCUUUCGAGCUGUGAUAAAACAAAUAUGAAUUUAAAAUAAAAUGGUUUGAGAUAUUUUGGAAACAAAUUCUAAUUAAACUUAAAUUUUUCAUUUUUAGUUUUUAAAAAUCUACAUGAAUCUAUUAAUUAUUAUAAAGGAAAAUACAGAAAUAUUAAAUAGAACAAAAGUUAUUGAAUUUAUCAGAUCUCUGUGGGACACUGUAUUUUAUUGUGAAUAUAAUAAUUUUUGUUUUGCACAUUAAUAUUAAAAUUAUUUGUUUUUCUAGAGGAGUUGCCUAUUAAUGAAAUUAUUGGUUCGAAAAUUCGUGAAAACAUUAAUGUAGGUUCAGCUAAGUCUAUCACGUUGUUAGACGGAACUACAUGUGACCAAUCGUCACCGUCCAUAAAUAGCACCGAAAUUGAAAAUAAUGAUACUUUAUCUUCAUACAUUAUUAAUCGACAAGCAUCGUAUUCCACUACAGAAAAAUAUAUUCUAACAAAGUUCGUUUUUUGUGAUAAACGAUAAUUUAUAUACUUAGUUAUAAUUUAUAAAUAUAUAAUUGCAUAUCUACAUAGUCAACAGCCAAACGCAUUGCUGAAACAUAUUGAAAAAAUAUUGGGAAGAAUGAAUAAAGUUGAACAUGAAAUACAAAUGUUAAUGGAAAAAGAGGUUAGACACACGGUACAUAACUAUUUAAAUUUUAAUAAUUUUUUGACUUUCAGAAUAAUUUAAGCGAAUCUAAGAGUAUUUAUUCAGAGACCAGUUCAGAUGAUGUUAAUUUGGAACCUGACAUUAGUCAUUAUGUUCGUUUUAAUGUAAGUAGGUAACGAGUAUUUAAUUAGUAUUUUCUAUUUUUCCAUUGUAUUUUUAGUAAAUAGACAUUAUUGUAUAUGUAUACAUUAAUAGAGGACCACCUUAGUAUACAUAAUAAUUAUAUAUAUAUACAGUAAAUUCUGAUUAAUGUGAUCACUGGUUUAUAGAAUUAAGCGUUUAUUGGAAUCAAAAAGAAAAGUCCAAAACUAAAUCUUAUGUUAAUAAUGUUAAAUUAACCUUUUAUUAAAAUCACCAAGUACCGGAUAAUUGAAUCACUUUUAUGAACAUUCUUAUCGUUUUUAUGGUAUUGUAUGUUUUUAUUAUAUUUAUAUGUAUCUUUUAUUGUACAUUAAUUGAAUAUGCAUUUUAAUUUCAGGCUAAUAUAAAAAUUAAAUUAAUAGAUUCUUAAGUAGAAUCGAAAAUAGAUUCUUAGCUUUUUUUUUUUUUUUUAAUGUAUUUAUUUUAUUUUAAGUUUAUGUAUAAAUAUAGAAUCAUUAAAAAGAUUGUCUAUAGAAUCAACCUGUUAAUAAAAUCAAAAUGGCCUGAACCAAUGUGAUUACAUUAAAUUUAAUUCACUGUAUAUCAUAUCAGUAGUGUAAUAAUUAUAAGGGGGAGAUACCUUUUAUUUUAGAUUCUGAGCGGAACGAGAAAUAUAUUAGUUUUACAAUAAUGUUAAUUUUUUAUUUUUUCCUGUGAAUUUUCUAUCAUCUUCCAAAAAUGUUGCUCCAAAUUUCAAGUGUAGCACCAUUUUUGGAAAUUUUACAGGAUUUGUUCCUUAAAAAGGAUAUUUUUGAUGUUUUCAAGGGUUUUAAAAAUAAAUGAAAAAAAAAACUAUAGGAAAAAUAGGAAAAUGUACGUAAUGUAUUAUUUACAAAUUAUGAAUAGCCUUUCAAAACAUGUGUAACUGAACAUCACUCAGAAUCGUUUUUAGAUAGCAACGGUUAAUCUUUGAGUACAGAUAUGUAUUAGAUUUCCGUUCUACCUUCCUAACUUCUCAUCUACAACAGCUGCCCACCCAUCGUGCGAAAUAUGUUCGUCAUUUUUAACAUGUAAUUUACAAAAUGAGGAUAAAAGGGAUUUUUUUAAUGAUAAUAUGUAGGUGUAAUAAAAACAAUGUACAUAAAAUUAUAAUGCAAAAUUAUACAUUUUUAAAAAUUCUUCGUCGGAAUAGACAUUACGUUAUAUAAUAUGUGAAUUCCCUUAACCAGUUAACUGCCCUAAAUACUACAUUUGGUAACCACUUCGUUUAUACUCUAAUUAUACAUAUUUUUAACUCUUACAUUUUCCAUAUCCAAUUUUAGUACUGGUGCACAAAUUAUAAUUCCAAAAAUAUCUUUACCAUCAAAAAUAUGAGAAUUCAAUUACAUUUUUUUUUUAGAUUAUUUUGAUGUCCCAAUAAUUAUCUGCUUCAUCCAAUAAAUUUUAACGAAUUACAUAAUAUUUCAGAAACAAUAUUUAUUGUAAGCAAUUGUAUCCACAAAUUUAAUACUAAAUAAAAAUUGCACACAAACAUUUUAAUUGAAUUACAACGAAAAAACAAAAUUGAAAAUGACAAAAGCAUUAUUUUCGCAAAUUUUCUCGUUCUUUCUAGGUUUUUUUUCCCCGGAUUUGCUCAAUUAUUAAAAAAUAACCAAAAAAUGACUUACUUAUUUACCAACUAGGUUAAAAAUCGAAUAAAAAGGCGUUUCUAAUGAAACAAUAUUUCACGUAGAAAAUAUCACAAGUUUAAAAUAAUGAAAUCGUGUUCCCCCUUUAUUAAUUAUCUCCCUCUUUAUCGUCCGACGAUGGCCCAUAUUUCCGGAACCUAACCGAGUUGGGGCUAGCGCCCGAAUCUAAAUAUAUAAACAUAUACAAUUAAAUAUUCGUAUAACAAGCAAUGAAAGCAUAUUUUAUCUUUUAUUAAUUUCAAUGUUAUAACUAACACAAGCUAUAUCGUUAGUAUUUUUUUUCGUACCUAACUUAGUAUUUUUAAACUUCAAAAGUUUAUUAAUAAUAUGAAAAUAAAUAAGUAUAAUAAAUAAUUGAAUCAUUAAACUAAUACGUUUAUUUACAUUUCAUUUAUAAUAUUAUAAUGAAUAAUUAAUUCUGAGUUAAACAAUAAGUAUAUUAUUAUUAUUGUUAUUAAAUAAUUUAAUUCUAUGGUUUUACCAUUAUUAUACUAUAGUAAAUUACUUAAUAAUAUAUAAACAUAUUUACAUUAUUACUAUACUACAACUCUUAAUGAUAGCAAUGUUUCUAAAAGGAAAUUACACUAGCGAGGUACAUUAAAGAGGCUAUUUUUUGAUUUUCCGAAGAUUUUUCUCAGCAAAUGUGAAAAACCUGGCUAAAACAUGGGAAAACUGGGAAAAACAUAAAAAAACUAGAAUAUCGGUACAACACCAAAAACAUUUUAUUAAAGAAAAUAGCCUGUUUAAUAAUCUAACUAUAAAAUUACAUAUAUAUUAUUGACAAAGCAUCAAUAUCAACUGAACUCCGCUCAGAAUCGUUUUUUCUUAAGUAAUAGUUUGUUCUUGUUUAUAGGUAUACAUUAAAUUAUAUAUAACAGUGGCUGCAUCAAACUUCAUUAUUCUAAGAUGUCUUUUUACCUUGAAUUCGAUUUGUUAUCUUCAAUAUAACUAGCUAGAUUUUUUUUUAAAUUUUUUUGUUUUUGGUAAGAUUUUCAGUAGGUCUACCUCUUGCACUCUCUUCGAAUCCUAAUUUUUUUCUAGAAAUUGAAGUUGGUUAAGUUUUUGUUAUUCAUCUGAGCCAUAAAUGAAACUGCUUCAGAUGAACUAGUUAUCGCUGAUAAUUUUAUCAUCAGGAAACUCAUUAUUUUAUGCAUGCAUUAGGAGUAUUUGAUUUUGAAGCUAAAGUGGUUAUUCUAUUCAAAUGAUCCUGGAGGAUUUUGGUUAUUUCCGAUGUUUUGUUGUUAUUAUAUAAUAAUUCCAAUAAUCCAUCAGUGUGAUAACUGUGCAAAAACAAGUAUAUAUUUUUUUGUGUUUAUAAUUAGUGUAUAUUACAACCAAGAAGAAUUCUAUCUGAUCUUGUUGAACUAAAAACAAAUGUCUUACAUAAACCACUUUGUUCACAAAAUUAACUACUAUCAAUAAAUAUUAUUUGACCAAAUAUUUUAAUUCAUUUAAUCAUUUUAUAAUUGGCGUUACUACAAUAACAAUGAAAGGAUUUUCACUCACUAAAACGUUUAUAUCAUUGUCAUCAAAUAAUUUUUUUUUUUUGAUCUUUAGAACAUUUGCCAUGUAUUCUACAUACGUACCAAAAUGUUCAUUCUUAAAGAGAAUAUAUUUUAUUUUAAUCAUUUUAAGAAAUAAAAUAUGUUAAGGUAACAUGAAAUAAUAUAUUUUAGAAAAAAUCAUAGUAACAAAUUCAUAGUAAAUUUCAAAAGUGUCAGGAAAAAAACAUAAAACGAUAGGAUACAUUUUUAGUUAUUUUAUUUAUAUCUAUAAGCAACGAUAAACCAUUACCAACGAAACACAAUUCGGAGUAAAGUUCGGCGAUACAUAUUUUUAUAGGCACACGAAUUUCGUCAAAAUUUGAUUUUAAAAUUCUUAUACAAAAAAAAUUCUACUCUGUUUUUAAAUACAGUAUUUUUCUUUUUUUUUAAACGUAGUAAAAUUAUCAAAAAAUUCUAUCAAUUUAUAAGGUAUUUUUAAAAAAAAUUACAUUUUUGAUGUUUUUAAUUUUUAUUUUGUGUGAAUGAAAUUGUUUUGGCUCAACAGAAAUGCUUGAACAUUUAAUACGAAUUUCAUUGUAAGUUCUAUUUACUGGUGUAUUUAUAAUAAAAAUAAAACUGUACGUAAUUUACUUUUUUUAUAUGCGUGUUUUUAAGUUCAAAUUUUAACUAAAAUCAGAAAAAUGAUGUCAUUUCAAAAUAUGUAGAACUGAACUUCGCACAGAAUCUUAUUUUAAUUCUCUAAAUUAACGAUGAUAUACCUACGGGGAUUGGUGUGCACUGCCGUUUUUAAGCGAUACAAAAAGUCAUGUAAACACACAGUUGAACUAAUACAAUUAUGAUGCAUUGAAAAAUAAAAAUGGUUUUUCAUUUAACCCAACAUUUUAUUUCCAUAAUAUCCAGUCUUUAUAAAUGUCUACAUACUUAAGUGGAUUGCAACUAUAGAUGACAAUUUUAAAGUGCCUUAUAUUAUUUUAAAUAGUUACACGAAUCGGUUAUGCAAGAAGUAAAAUUAAAAACGUUGGGUAAAAAGGAUGUUUUUCAAAGAUUAUUUAGAGUAACCCAAAAAAAGAAGGAUUUAGAUAGUUACCUAACAGUUAGAAACUUCCGUUCGUUCUUGGAAGAUUAUACAGAAAAGUUUGGUAUAAUUCAUGAAUUCUUAAUGUUUCACGUAAAUAUUAUUUAAUAAUAAACAAUACAAAUGUAGUUGAAAACCUAUUAACUUUUGAAUUGUAUUAUAUUUUAUAGAACGAAAGGAUAAUGACGAAAGUCGAUUCAAAGGAUUAUGAGUCUUUUAAAAAUACCGUAAGAAUUACACAUCAUGAAAUAAAAAAUGAUAUAAAAGAAUACACUUUGAGAGACCCAGAAGCAGCAGGAAUAGUUCAUUUUGUCAAGUAAGGAAAACCUUAAUAUUUUAUUUAGUUAUCAUUUACUCUAUAUUAUACGAGAUGUGGCUAUUAAAUAACGAGACUGCUCGCCUAGAGGGGGCGCCCUAGAUAAGUAGUGAAAAAAACGAGUAAUGCGUUGGGUAUCUAGAUAUCUUAUCUAUGCACGUACCAAAACACGUUUUCGUCAAUAUUAUAGUAUUUGUGCAGUAGUGGUUUGAAACGAACGUGUUUUUUUCUCGUGACGAAAAACAUGAGCAACGGAUAAACGUAACAUUUUCUCGUUAAACUAAAAAAAACUCCAACUGAGUGCUAUAAGUUGUUAAAAGAGGCCUAUAGUGAGGAUUUCCUAUCUCGGACGCGUGUUUUUGAGUGGCGUAAAUUAUUUUCUGAAGGUCGNCAACAUUGCGCGAAUGAGUUCGUAAGAAACGGUCGAUAUUGUGGAAAAACAAGUCGUGGAUCUUGCACCAGGAUAAAGCGUGAAGCGUUAUUUGGCCGCUUAAGGUACUCCAGUACUCACACACGCGUCUUACUCAUCCGACUUGGCACCCUGUGACUUUUACUUGUUUCCGAAGAUAAAGUCUGCCUUAAAAGAAAUCCGGUUUGAGUCGAUGGAAGAGGUGAAACAAAAAUCGGCGGAACUCCUGAAUGGUCUUACGAAAACAGACUUCCAGAACUGCCUCGAGCAAUGGAAGAAACGAAUGAAACGGUGUGUGGCGAGGGGAGGGGAGUAUAUUGAAGGGGAGCAUUUGGUUGUGGAAUAACUUUUAUAAUAAAACAUUUUUUCGUAACCAGUCUCGUUAUUUAAUAGCCACACCUCGUAUACUAUAAACAAAUUUCAACGGACUAGUUUUUAGAUAUAUUUUUGUUUUUUGAGGUAAUGCGAAUUCUGUUUUGAGCCAAUUGAGACUAUUUUUCAAACAUUUUUCAUAUGUUCUAUUCGAUUGGUCCCAUUUUUUUAUCAAGCACAAUGGUAAAACUUCGUAUUUUUGAAGAAACUAUAUCUUCCAUCGUUCUAUAGGAAGAGACUACAUCAUCAUAGUCAUCAUUCCGUUGUUCCAUUGUUCCAUAUUUCUUAUUAAUGUAUUUAAAUAAUAUUUACAUAGAUUCAAAAUUGUAAGGCUUGAGCGGACCGUUUUCACGUAAAUAUUAAAAUAAAUUGGAAAAAGUAAUUUGUGUUUUCCUGUUGACAUUGCUACACCCAGGCUACCCAACUAAAAAACAUAUUGUAUAUCAGAUAAGGGCGGAUAAAGGCAAACGAAAUUUAUCGGAUACUAAAACAUAGUAUUUAUACUAUAUAAUAAAUAUAAUUGCUAAAUGUUACUAUUUAUUACUUAGUAGUAGGUAUUGUUUUGAAAUAUGUAUAAUACAAUUAUAUUCAGAGGUUCAAAUAGACAAGCAAAAAAUUUAAUUAACUACUCAAACAAAAACAAGGCAUAAGCAGCUCUCUUAAUACAAUGUAGUGCAAAAUAAAUUAAUUUUAAAAGGGACAGAGAAAAAGAGGGAAGAUGGAAGGGACAAAAUGGAAAAGAAGGAGAUAGGGAAAGGAGGGAGUUGAGUAGAGUAGAGUAUGGGAAAGAGUAUAGAUGGGUUAUACGGGGGUGAUAGAUGUAGGUUUAUUCAUAUUCGUAUGUAUGAUGUAUGGCGCGAACGCACGGCGAUACGAUGAUUGACGAUAGUGUUACCACAACGCGCAAUGGGUCGCAUAAGCCCUUGAAUAUACUUGCAGCGUAAUAUGUUGAACAAAUUGGUAUAGUGUGUGUAAAUGGUUUUAUGUGUGUUUGUGCGUGUGGUCGUUCGGAUUGUAUUGUAAUAUAUGUACGAAUACCUAUAUUGUGUCGAUAAAAACACGUAUCUAUUAUAUAUAUAUUGACGAUGGCUAUUGCCUAUCGUAAGAAGUUAUACUUCUCUUUUGUCUAUUUUACUCUUAUAAAUAUUAUGAAAAUAUGUAAGGUUAACACUUGCCUUAUAUUUUCUGCUUGAUAAGGUAUAUAGGUAUCGAUGAAUUGUUGCAAUGUAUAGACCUCGUUAGGUACACAAUAGACGUACGAAUACUCUUUUGCCUUCGGCUCAUAUCGCGACAACCAGGUUUAUAAACAAUGCUAGUACAGCAAGAAUUGUAUUUUCUCCACUGCCCUUUCUAAGCUUAUAGACAAUCGUCUCACGGAGGUAAAUUAGUCAGACGUCAGCACUACGACCACGUCCAUUCUGCAUUCGCAACCGGUUAACAAGAUGUGUAUAGCCAUCAUCUACGUGCAGGAAUAUUAUGUAUUUUUUUUUGAAGAAAAAACAUAGUCUAUGGUUAAACAAUAGUGACAACAAGCACAAUUACCAGGUAUAUAGGGUAGGGAUAACCAAAUACAGCAGCUCGCCUUCGGAAUCUGCAACUACUGAAUAGGUUUUGAAAAAAGUUAUGGUUGGAGUGAGUGAGCAAAAAAUGACUGCUUCUGCUAGGUGAAUCCAGAAAAGUGAUUUAAUUAGUGAUGUGUAGGCCGUAUUUAAGCCUUCCACGGUCACCUGCGUCGACGACUUUCUACGUGGGCGCUUUUAUGUGAGCGACGAGCGUAAUUCAUAUUUUGAAUUAAUAUGUGCCGUAUUAAGGUGGCAACACUGUUUAAGAAAUGUUUGUGAUGGAACUGGUAAUUAUGCUGUGUAACCUUGAUCGUUUAUUAUACAAGUAUAAAUAUUCAAUAUAUUACAUCAAUAUAAAUAACAAGAUUAUAAUUUUGAUUUAUAUUAAGAUUUUCGACUUUAAAUGUUAGCAGAUUGUUUUAAGAAUUUCUAAUACUUUGUAAAAACCAUGAAUAGUAUUGUAAUAAAUAAAUAGGUAGGAGGAAAGUGGAGAACGAUAUAAUCUUGUUGGCUACGUAGAACAUUCAUUACCUCCUAUUUAGUUUCUAUUACAAUUUUGUAUGACUAACGCAAAAUUAAUUUUCUUUUAAAAAAGUUAAACGAAAAUUUAUUUGUUUUUAUAAACUAGUUUUAUCAUAAUUUGGCAUUUUUUUAAUUUGAAUAUCUUCAUGGAUUAUUAUUUUAAUAUAAUUACAUUUAAAAUAGAGGAGUGACGUGUAUAUCAUGUGAGAAACCUGUCAUGAUGAAGACGACAAAUGUACCUUUUAAGCAUCCAACAAAGGGCGUUUUUUUGCCACGGCCGAGUUUGAAAGCUCAUCUCACCUACGAAUUGGAUCGGGUCAGAAAACAAUACAAUCGGUAAGGUUAGUUACGUUAAGGUACGGUUUCCCUGCAUAGACUCUGCCUUUACCCUGUUUUCUUUAUAGUAUCAGACGCAUUAAAUUUUAUUAUUUAAUAUUACUCUUUUACGAGUAAAAUAGUAUAAUUAAAAAAAACUACUUUUUAACCACUGCUACCGUUGCUUCUUCCGCACCUAGUUUCCACGUUUAAGUUCUGUAUUUUAAAUGAAAAUUUAAUUUUCAACAGUAUUAAAAAUAAUAAUAAUACUUUUGAAUUAUUGCUUCAUAAACUGAAAAUCAAUUACUUAUGAGCAGAGUCCAGAAUUUGAACUGAAAAAAUCGGUUCUGGAACCAGUUAACCUUAUAAAUUUAGAUACUAUAAUCGUAACUAGAACCUUUAUUUCAAAAAAAUGAAAAACGUGAUUUGAUGACUGAAUGAGUUUUUUUUUAAAUUAAAGGAUUGAAUUUAAAAUUAUUAUUACCUAACUCAAUUUUAUUUACGUACCUUAUAUUAUGGCGUUGAGCUAAAAAUUAUUAGUAACAAAAUAAAUUGUUUACAUUUUAAGUAAACAAUGGAAUUUAUAUUAUAGGUUGCUAUUUAAAAAUCAAAAGUGAGUAGAGAUUUCAUACCCAAAAAUAAGGGUAACAAAAUGAACAAUAUUAUAAAAUUUUAAAUUUUAAAUGUUCUAAAACAAAUUCUGAAAAAGUACAUAUUGUCCAAGAUAAUAAGUGUCUUAUGUAAUUAUUUUAAUCACUCUAUAUUAUUAAAUAUUCAAAAAACUAUAUAAUAAAAUGUUACGGUAAAAUUAAGAAUGUUGGUGAAAUCUAGGAUUUAUCAGUCAGUCUAUUAGUCAGUCGGUAGUUUAACAGACUACAAUAAAUGAUACAUUUCGGAUUUCAAAUGUCCUAAUUUCGGACUCUGACUUAUUAAUUUAAAAAAACCUUAUAUUUAUACAAAAUAGUUUGGUUAAACCCCAUACAUAAAAUUGUAAGAUUUUCUAUGUGUAACAAUAUUUUUCUGAUCUGUGUUAAAAAUAAAAACAAUUUUGAAUUUUUAAUAUUGCUCUUUUAUUUUUCUUCAUAUUAUUUAUUUCAUAAUAAUAUUUAUAAUUGUUAGUUAGCUAUUAUUUGAUAGUGAUUAGAGUUAUGAUUUAUUUCAUAUUCAUAAUUACUAUUUUAUUUGUUAUUUAUUUAACUAUUUCUUUUCAUUUUAUAAACUUAGCUAAAUAUACCAUAUUCUUUACUGUAAGGAAACAAGUUUAAUUAUAAAAUAAAUAGGUAAUUGUAAAAAUAAUUUUAUUUCAUGUAAUUUCAAGUGUAACCAUUCUCUUAGUCACUAAAUAGAGAAUUAGUAAAAAAUAUUUUUAACCCCUAAAAAAUAUAUUGAAGUGUGGUUAAGACGGUUGAUUUAUCAAAGUUAUUGAAAAAUGUACAUUUUAAGGCCUGAAUGAGUGAUAAAAUUUAGAUUAUUUCUUCUGAUGAUUUUGAUCUAAAGAUCUUGCCCAUAAAAUUAUUAUUUAUGGAUGUAAAAAAUAAAAAAAAAAAACUGUCACGACCUUUAAAAAUCUAAAAAAAAAUUUGGGAACUUUAUUAAGCUUUAAGGAACACAAUAUCACGAGAAUAAGAAUAUCUGAUAAAAAAAAAUUCUGAAAUACCCUAAUAUAUAUGAAUAUACUAAUUUAUUCGUAUUUCAAAAAUUAUUUAUUAUUAAUUUUACUGCUAUCGAACUUUUGGUAACCCUAUUGCGAACGAUUUCUGUACCUGACCCUUAAAAUUAUUACGAUUGCGUACAAAAAUGAGUGCAACGUUAUAAAUAUGUACUACUCAGUUUAUUUACUAUAUGUAUACAAUUGUUAUGUGAUCGUAUAAUAUACAAAUACCUAGUGGCUAGUUAAUAUAGUAAAUUAACUAUCAAGUAAAAAUUAUCUAUAUAUUAAUAAAAAAAUAUUUUAAGUUAUAUUUGAUUAGAUACUAUUGAAAUAAAACCAAUAGUAGUUAAUUCAAAUUAUUAUAAAUUAUAAUGUAAAAUCUUAGCAUCGAUAAUCAGUCCUUGUAGAAAAAAAAUGUAAUACAUUAUAUCAAAAAAAAAAAAAAAAAUUAUAAUAUAAUUAUUUUUUUGUAUUCACUAGCAAGACCUUCGGAUUUUUCACUGUAUUUAUUAUUUUUACAAUCUUUUCUUUUCUUUUUUACACAAUCCUGUGGUGCUUUACAAUUUAAUACAACAUAAAUAUAUAAUAUCUUCUUUUAAUUUUAUUUUUAUACAAUUAAUACAUAUGUAAAAUUAGAUAAAGAGGUUGAUAGCAGUAACGAAUUUAAGGGUUCAAAUAAAGUCGGCAAAUCUAUAUGAGGAGCCUCGUACAAAGUGUAUCAAUAACAAUAAUAACAGUAACAUACUUACCCCAAAUAUACAAAACUGAUUGCUUCGCUCGCGAUAAAUUCAUCAACCAAUAUUCAUUUUAUAAUAAAAAAUCUUUUUAAAAAUAUUACACCACUUUUACAAAUAAAACAAAAUUAAUAGUUAGAAUAUAAAAUAUAAAAUUACGAAAUUAUAGUUGAGAAUCUCUUCGAACUAUAGCCUUGGAAAAAUCGUUGAUAAAAUCAUUCAUAUCAAGAAGUUAUUUGUACUGCUUCAUACUCCAUGGAAAAUUAGGCUAAAUUUCUUGUUCGACUUUAAACCGUAGUUGAACGAAGAUCAUUUUUAAUUUUCUUAGUUAGAAUAUCUUAAUCUUGGUUAGUUAUUUUCAUAGCUCUUUUAGCACUCACACUUCCAAUGAGUAAUGUUAAAAAUAUUUUAAAUAAGUUUCCAUUUGGGGCAACAUGUCAGCUAAUGAAUGUAAAAUAACUUAAUAUAUUAUCUAUUGACUAUUGGUGUAUUUCAAUUUGUAUUGUGUAUGAAUAUACAUACACAAUUUACGAUACGGUGAAAUUGAUUAUAAAAUCAUACAUUCGUACAUAGAGAUUAGUACGCAUAGAUUAAUUCGAUUACAUCUAUUAUAAUUAUAAAUAAUGUUAUUUGUGAUCAAUGGUAGCUGUAUUCAGCAUUAUCUAGAUAAUACACAAAAUUAGUUAUCUGAUGAAUUAUCUUAGAUGAAUAAUUGAGUUAUCUAAUGUAUUUAUCUAGAUAAUUGAAUAUAUUUACCUAUCCGAAAAAUUCGAAAAAUUGAACUUGAAAGUUAAAAACUCAUGUCUCAUUAGUAAAUCAUCUUUAUACAAAUAGAGGACAAAAUUAAAAACACAAAAUAAUAAAAAAUAUUAUCCGGGUCGCUUAUUUAUGUUAUUUCUAAAUUCUAAUUAUAUCCGGGUCGAUAUUUUUAUGCCAAAAUGUAAAAAAAAAGUCAACUAUAUGCCUAUUUUAGCCGGGAUUUAGUACUUAAUUUAGUAAGGGGCCCCGUCGGAAUUUACCGACUAAACCACCGUUAAAUCUGCCACUGGAUGAUAAGUAGGUAAUGAGGAUAACAAAACAUACGAUACUAAAAGCUAGCGUAAAAUCUUUUUUUUUUUAUCAUGUUUUUAAAUAAACGCUUAUGAACUAAAUUAAUAAUCCGUUAUUUCUUUUAUUAUUUAGUAUGCAUAUAUUUACUAGUAUAUAAUUUUUAUCUAGAAUAUUAAAUAAAAAAAAGAAUGAAAUAAACAGACUUUAUUAAUUAACGGAUUAUUUAAAAUCGGUUCAACUUUACAUCGUUCGUCUCCGGAACGAAUGUUAAAAAGACUAUAGUUGUUGUUUAAUCACCCACGGGGUGUAUGAAAUAUAAUUUCUAAUCUUUGUCAAUGGUUAAACGUCUAUCUUAGGCUGUGGCUGGACAGGUAUCCCCAACUGGAGUACCGCUCUGCCAGUGAAUCUAGUACCUCUUGUUGUUUUUCCAACUAUUAACGGAUUGAGGUGAUCUUUGGUGCCCGACUGGAUAUGUUUUACCGGAUUGGACUAAUCUCCAAGUACACGUUGUUUAUAAUUUCACCAACUAGGAAAAACGGGCAACUUCGGCUUGCACCAAAGUUAUGGUGUCAAAUUUCACUUCAAAUUUUCUGCCAAGCAGAGUUUGAAGCCAACAAAAAAGAUCGGCAGUGUUAUAUCUACGUAUGACCUGCGUGAAAAAACCUGCGGUACAACACCGGGAAAGAGGGAAAAGGGUGACGAAAUUAGAAACCAUCGACAGCCGCCUCCGAGCCAGCCGUAUUUAUACUGUUUCUGUCACUCCGAACCGAUGCGUGUCUACUUACAUGUGUUCGCAAUUGGACGUCAAAAAAAUUAUGUAGGGGUGCCAAUUAGUAGUAAUGUAGUCAGUCAAGUGUUUAGCGCAGCGCGGCGAGUGACGCACAUUCAUUCGGCGGCGGGAGCGUUAUACUCAGUAUAAUGACGCACUAUUAUCUGGCUGUCGCUUUCUAUAGGAUAUUUUUAUCUCGCUAUAAUAUGAUCAAAGCGUUCAAGUUUGAAGGAAAAAAUAGAACCAAGAAUUUAUGGAUAAUGGAUAUUUAUUAAAUAUCACGAACAAAUGUAUAAUUAUAAUUAAAUUACAAUAGUGAUAUGAGUAGCGGGUACAUAAAUUUACAAUUUCGAUACAUAACAUUUUAUACGUUUCAUACAAUUUAUAACCAAAAAAAAAAAAAAAAUAAAAAAUAAAAAUAUAUUAGUAGGGAAAAUAUUAAACAAAUAGAAUUUCAUUGGUAAGGUUAUUACCAGUUGACAUUAAAAUAUUUAAAGGCGAGCAAGAUAAAUAAUUUUUAUUUUGAUGAGGAAUAUAGAAUAGAUUUCUGUUAUGAGUAUUAUAAGGGUUGGGUUGACUUUAAAGUUGAUAACGCUAAGAAUGAAAGAGUCGUCAAUAUCGUUAAAAUCAAAAAAUUGAUUAAUUUAUUAAGAAAAUAAGCAUAGUAGUUGUGUCUUUUAUCUUGAAGGACUACAAAUUUAGAAAAUUUAAAAUAUUAUAAUAGCCAGAGUAUUUGAAAUUCUUAGUAUAUUAAGAAGUACAUUUGAAGCAAAUAAAUCGAAGAACUUUGUUUUAAAUUAUUUCAAUAUCAUUACUGUGUCCUAUAGUUUAUAUUAUCAUUAACCCAGAUUAAAGUCACAUAUUCUAGUUGAGAUCGAAUACAUACAUUAUACAUCGAGAAAUGUAUAAUUUUUAAAUAUCAAAGGGUUAAGGAAUUUAGAGCAGUUACAUUCAACCAUACCAAAUAUUGAAAGAGCUUUUUUCGUAAUUGAUAGAAUAUGCGAAUUAAAUAUAAAUUUAGGGUCAAACAAUAUACCAAGAUCAUUUACUUAUGAGGAGUGGGAAAGAUUAAUGUUGGAUAAAUAAUAGUUUUAGGUUUACUGAUUCCCACUUUACUUUAAAGACUACUCUGAAAUUCCUAUUCUAGAUACGCCGCAAAAAAAUCCUGCGGACACCUAUGAAUAUUGUAAUAAUGUACGGUUAAUAUAUAAUAAUUGUUUCAUUUUUGUAGUAAUACUUAAUAAAAUAUAAACUUAAAAUAAACAUAUAAUAUUGUAAUAAUAUCCGAAUAGAAAGCUAGGGGAAAACCACACGAUAAUUAAAACCAAAAUGGCAUUUUGUAUUUUUAUCAAUUUUUUAUCCUAAAAUUUAAUAAAUUUCGUUUGUCAAUGUCCGAACUACCAAAAUCAUAAUUAAUGCGAUUUUUAUAUCCUAGAUUUUACCAAAAUUGGUCUAUGCAAGAAAUUAAGACAUUCAUACUUCGAAAUUUGAACAUUAACCUAUGCAUUUGUUAAAAUGCAGAAUUUAUCAGUGAAACUUAGGUUUUUCUGGUAUUCUUACUUUUACCGUAAUAUAUAUAUGUAUAUACAUGUAUAACAUAAAUAUAUAUCAAUUAAAUAUUGUAUAGUAAAUGAGUAUGAAAAUUGUUUACAGAACUCCAGGAACUAGGGACAUGAACUUAAGCUUAAAGUGUAAAGAACCAGCGUAA